AUGUUUUCUCGACGGGCGCCUUCAUGGUGUCGCUUUUUAUCAUCUGGGGCCGGUGCUCCUCGGUCAGCAUUUUCGAAGGAGAGGAGCAUUGAGAUGGGCAGGAGAUAUUUCACCCGCAAUUCGUGUUUAAACCAAAAUGCGUCAGCACCAUUUAAUACGCCUCAGUCGCAAAAGCGGAAUGCCUCUACAAUGUACUAUACAAUCAGUAUAAUCCUUGGAACAGUCUCCCUCGCAUACGGUUCCGUCCCUCUGUAUAAAAUGAUCUGCCAGCAAACUGGCUGGAACGGUCAGCCCGUCCUCACACACCGCACAGGAGACGGCGACACAUCAUCCCGCGUCACCCCCGUCACCGACUCUCGUCGCUUGCGGAUUACCUUCAAUGGUUCAGUGUCAGACGUGCUACCCUGGAAAUUCACACCGCAGCAACGUGAGGUCCGGGUCUUACCCGGAGAGACUGCGCUAGCAUUCUACACGGCGACGAAUAAGGGUCCCACGGAUAUCAUCGGAGUUGCGACAUACAGUGUUACGCCGGGGCAGGUUGCGCCUUAUUUCAGCAAGAUCCAGUGUUUUUGCUUUGAGGAGCAGAAGCUUAAUGCUGGGGAGUCGGUGGAUAUGCCUGUUUUCUUCUUCAUUGAUCCGGACUUUGUGACGGAUCCAGCGAUGAAGGGGAUUGAUACGAUAACGCUUUCUUAUACGUUUUUCAAAGCGCGAUAUGAUGAUAAUGGUGUGCUGAAGCCCAUUCCGGGCAACUGA